AUGGCUCGCAGACGCCCGCGCCUGUGGCAUCAGCCAGACAGCGACAAUUCCAUGGCGACGCCCGAGCGGCCGAGCAAGAAGAAGGCGGCGUGCAAAGGCCGGCGCAAGUCGCUCGGCUACGACAACCCGAGUAUCUCGGCCGACGACGAGGAAGUGGACGAGACGUUUGUCGCGCUGCAGAACCUCUUGGACGCACUCAACCGCACUAACCGCAGCACUACCAGCAACAGCAACAGCGGUAAUACCAAUGGAAGCGGUGCCGGCAGUAGUAGCCACGCGCCGAAUGUCGGAGCGAGUACCGAUUCCGACAGCACUCAUCUGCCGCAGCAGCAGCGCCUCUCGCGCGAAGAAAUGCUCGAGAGCCGACGACAGGAGCGCGACCGCUUCCGCCGCUCGCUGUUUACGAAGAGCAACACGAGCAGCGCGUACAACUCGCGCCGCCGACGGACGUGUCCCGCGUACGGCUACUCGGAAGACGAGGACGAGGACGAGAGCCAGGCGCCGUCGGUCGAGAGCACGAUCUCGAACCGCUUUAUGAACGGCUCGUUCUCGACGCUGAACGUGCACGUGAUCUCGCGCAACCGCUGGUCGACCGAAGACCGCGUGGUCGAGCGCCUGCCGAUCGUGAUGCUGCCCAAGAGCGGCAAGUUUUCCAUUCCGACGGACAACCAGCGGAUUGGUGUGGUCCACACGGACGAGUACAUUGACCUGCGCGACAAGCUGGUCGAGAACUUGCCGCCGGGCGCGUCGCUCUUGCACUACCUCACUCCGCCGCGCUCGACGUGGUACAUGCACAUGCACGACUUUGAGGCGCUGCAGUGCUGA